AUGGAUUCAACCGUUCCAUCUGUCGAAUUUGCUCAAAUGGGACCUUUAUCCAUGAAGCUAAAAAAGAAGAAAAAACCCAAAAUCGACACAAGAACCGCUCUAAAAGAAACUUUUCUCGACUUUUGUAGCUGCACAUCGAUUCACGGGGUACAAUACAUCGGAAUUCGAAAGCGGUUUGAUCGUCUUUUUUGGAUCACCCUCGUCAUUGGAUUUGUCAUUCUAGCCAUCGUUCUCGCAGUUCCUAUUGUCGAAAAAUGGCGCAAUAACCCAAUCGAGAUGGAUUUCGAGCAAAAAUUCAUUCCAAUUCGGGAUUUUCCGUUUCCCGCAAUCACUAUUUGUCCCCUUCAAAUGCCUCAUAACGAGCUAUUUAACUUUUCUGAUGUGCUUUCAAAGGCUUCUGAUGAUGGAUUUGGCUCAAUGUCACGUGAAAAGUUGCAAUUGUUCAAGUUAAUGACUCAAACGUGUUUCAGUCAACUUGGAUCUCGUUUAGCUGAGUUAUCAAAAGCUAGUGACAGGUUUCCUAAUGACAUUCCGGAUAUUGAUGAGAACAUUUUUAAUGAAAAUUUCCUCUUGCCCUCGAGUUUUUCGUUGUACAAGUGUCAAGGAGUGAAGCGGAACAGCGAUUGGAUGUGCGAUACGGAGCUCCAUCGUCAUUUACUUGAUGUUGGGCUUUGUUACUCUUUCAAUAUGUUGCCAAAGGAGAAAAUUCUGCGACCUGAAGUUGAAUAUCCACUCGGUUUGAGGCCUAAUUUCGUUCCUCCUAACAUCACGUACUUCGAAAACGACCAAAAAUCGGAAAAUUUGCACCGAGUCAACCAAACUCAUCAAAUUUUUCAGUUGGAAAUGCAUUCCCAUGCGGAAUUCGAGCAGGAAAUAUGUCAACCGGAUUUUAUUUUUUACGUUCAUAGUCCCUUUGAGCUUCCGUGGGACCAAACUAAUCGAUUUCGCAUGCAACUGAGUGAGCAACGGGAACUUUUUGUCGCCGUCGAACCGGAUGUCGUGAUAACGGAUGACGCAUUGCGACGUUAUUUGCCUCAGGUACGCGAUUGUUACUUUCCCGAUGAACGUCAGCUCAAGUAUUUCCUGGAAUACACGAAAAAUAAUUGCGAAUUCGAGUGUUACAUCAACGCAACUGAACGGAAAUACGAUUGCUUACCGGAAUUCAUGCCACAGACGAAAAACACGAAAAAAUGCAAUUUAUCACAGACUUUGAGACUUUUACAAAGCAUUUGGUCCUUUGAAAGCGAAAAACGAGAUGGCGACUGUAACUGCUUAAACGACUGCAAUUCGCUGGAAUUUCAAGUUCGUCUCUCCGAUGUUCACCAUACUCGACGUCGUUCAACCGAAAAUCUACAAAAUUCCGAAAAUGAAGAAAAUUUUUUGUCAGAAACGCGAAAAUCUGAAAUUAUUGAGAAAAUUUACCUCAUGAAGACGGAUCCGGAUGACAUUCCUCAUGAUUUAAGUGAAACGCAUUUUCAAGACGAAUUUCUCGCAAAUUAUUCAGAAUUUCGGAAACACGUUAAAUUUGAACCCCUGAGCUGGAACGCGUCUUUUUUGCAUAUUUAUUACUCCAAAACGCAAUUUUUGCCGAUGAAGCGAUUCACAACGUACACUUUUGCGGACUUUAUUGCUCAAUGGGGAGGUAUUUUUGGCGGCAUUAUGGGUUUCUCGUUCCUGAGUUUUGUUGAAAUCUUUUACUUUUGCACGAUACGGUUUUUGGAAAAGCGAAAAUUGACGCCCAUUGAUGUGAUUCAAGAUGAGUUUCAGUCGUAA